AGUCUCUGUCGGUAGUGCGUACGUAGAUCAUGUCACACGUUAACGCAGAGCAUCAACACAGCACAGUCUGCUCAGUGAGAGAGAACUCCCUCCCUAUGUUUUCCUUUAUUUUUGAUCGCCUAGUAACAUGUGCCGCUUUUCCGCUCCCAACAAGUCACUUCACAAGACAGCAUUUGAUUUUCCACCACUGCUGAAUUCGCACGCAGCUGGUAAACAGAAUUCUGUAUCAUGUGACUGCAGCUGUCACAUGACUUGUCGAUGCCAUACUGACGUCAUCAACAUGUACACGACGCGUCACUUCUAGUCAUUGUGCUGUGUGAUAAUGGUUUCUCAUAUUUGUCGGGUUACUAACAGUGCUGAUUGUGGUUUUAGAAUGAAAGUGUCAAGAUGCAAGUGCAGCAGAUUGUUUUAAUUUUAAGCUUUCCAUCUCUGCUCUCACAGCAGACCACACAUGAUUACUGUGUGCUUGGUGCUGGCCCUGGGGGUCUCCAGAUUGCAAAGUUUCUUGAAGAUUCUAUGAGGGAUUACAUUGUCUUUGAAAGAAACCAGAGCCCUGGUAGCUUCUUUCUUCAUUUUCCACGACACCGCAGGUUAAUUAGCAUAAACAAGCAAUUUACAGGACACAGGAACAAAGAAUUCAAUCUUCGGCAUGACUGGAACUCACUGCUGAGUCAUGAUGAGGUCUUGCGUUUUAGGGAUUACUCUCAUGAAUUCUUCCCCCAUGCACAUGACAUGGAGAGGUAUUUAAAAGAUUUUAGCUGUGGCAUCAAUGUGCUUUAUGGAAUAAACAUUAGAAGUGUCACAAUGAAAUCCAACCCAGAUGCAUGGCAUGGUUAUUACUUUCUUUUGGUGGAUCAGCAAGGACAAAAAUACCAGUGCAAUGUUCUUCUGGUGGCCUGUGGCUUGUCUUUGCCUAACAUUAUGAAGUUUCCUGGAGCAGAGUAUGCAGAAGGCUAUGAGACCAUAUCUGUAGACCCUCACAAUUUUACUGGACAGAGUGUUCUAAUACUGGGACGUGGAAAUUCUGCCUUUGAAACAGCUGAGAAUAUCUUGGGCUUUACUAAUUUUAUACACAUGCUUGGUCGUUCCAGGGUACGACUCUCCUGGUCCACACACUAUGUUGGAGAUCUCAGAGCUAUUAACAAUGGUCUAUUGGACACAUACCAGCUGAAGUCAUUGGAUGGUCUUUUAGAGGGAGAUCUUUUAGACCUGGCAUUAGUUCGAGAUCAGUCUGGAAAGUUGUAUGUUACCCACAAGCAUUAUCUAAAGAAGGACAUAAAUUAUGCAAGUAAUCGCACAACUAAACUUGAUACCAUCCUUCCACGUGAAGACUUGGAUAAUUUUGCAGCUCGAAAGCCAUAUGACCGUGUGAUCCGUUGCUUGGGUUGGAUAUUCGACUUCUCCAUCUUUGAUAAAUCAUUGAAAUUGAAGCCAGCUUUUGGGAUAAGGAGCAAAUAUCCUUUGCUAAAUGCCAAUUAUGAAGCAAAAUAUACCCGGGGUUUGUUUGUGGUGGGCACUGCCAGUCAUAGCAUUGAUUUCCGCAAAUCUUCUGGUGGAUUCAUUCAUGGAUUUCGCUACACUGCUCGAUCUGUCCAUCGUUUGACUGAGAACCGUUACCAUAGUACUCCAUGGCCAGCAACUUGUUAUCAAAUCUCCCAGCUUCCUAAUGUACUAUUGAGACGCAUGAAUGAGGCAUCAGCUCUCUACCAGAUGUUUGAUAUCCUAGUCGAUGUGGCUCUUGUGGGAGAGAACUCUAAUACCUUUGAGUACUUAGAGGAGGUACAAGCAGGAGUUCUGCCCAUGUUAGAGAAAAAUACAGGGAGAAAAACAUAUGAUGUAGGACUCUUUGUACUUGUUAUGGAAUAUGGAAAGAACUUUUCUGGGCCAGACAAAGAUGUAUUUCGCUAUAAUCGGGCUAUUGGUGAGGCAAAAAUAGCUUGGCGCUCCAACUUCUUGCAUCCUGUGAUUUACUACUACAAACAUCUUCCAUCAGAGCAGCAGAUUGACUUGCGGCCAGAAAAGUGGCCUCUGCCUCGUCCUGACCGGAUCCAUCAUAUAGUAGAAGAUUUUCUUACAGACUGGACAGGCCCUUACUCUCACAUUCUGCCACUGCGACGUUUCCUUGAGAAUUGUCUACAUACCGAUCUAAGAGCUUUCUAUGCAGAUUCAUGCUUUGUCUUUUCACUGACACAUCAUAAGUUGCCUAUCUUCUGUCAGCAGAGUUAUCUACAGAACCAAGGUCUUAAAACAACUGCUUACAUAGAUCAGAAUAAUAAUGAUGCAGGGCUUGCACAGAAUUAUAUCGUAAUAAAUGAAAGGACAGUUGAGAUUUCACAUAACAGGAUAAAUAGAAUUGAUGAACUUUGACAUUACCUGUGACAUUUGACUGGAUAAUGGGGGGUAAUUCCAAGUUGAUCGCAGCAUGAUUUUUCAUAGCAAUUGGGCAAAAUCAUGUGCACUGCAGGGGAGGCAGAUAUAACAUGUGCAGAGAGAGUUAGAUUUGGGUGGGUUAUUUUAUUUCUGUGCAGGGUAAAUACUGGCUGCUUUAUUUUUACACUUCAAAUUAGAUUGCAGAUUGAACACACCCCACCCAAAUCUAACUCUCUCUACAGAUGUUAUAUC